GAACAAAAGAAAGCUAAGAAGAGUGGACGGUUAAGUUCCGCAGGAAAUGGGUAAGGAGGACAAAUUCGGCAGAAAACAUCGUUUCAAGGUUGUGGGUCCAUUGGCAUACUGACCUCUGCUCCCCAUCAUCGGUCCUUCAUCGAAGAAUCCUCGGCAGUUGCAAGUGAAUCCUUUCAUUGAAGAAGAGCUUUUCCAGCAGUGAGUAUGGAUGGAUAACUGAGAAUAGCUGCAACACCUUCAAAAUGCCUGAGACAAGGAAUUCUCUGCAGGAGGAUCUCUUCCCAUCUUCCUUGACAUUGGCUGAAGAGAAUGAAGAGAACGAAUCUUUCCGAAGAAAACUGACAUUCGGGUUGGGUGUCGCAGAAAUAUUCUGCGGUGUGAUGCUCGGAGUAUUUGGACUAUUGUCAAUGAACAUGGACGCAGCCAUGUCAUCCCUAGCUGGAGGCCUCUGGGCAGGGGGCGUGGCUGUCGCUACCGGCACAUCUGCAAUAUGCCUAUCCAAGUGUUCAAAGAAAGCCGUCCACGCUGUCAUGUUUCUGUGUCUGUCAGUAACGAGUGUAUUGACCGGUGGCUUGGCAACUGUAUUUGUAGCUACAGGACUUGCCCAUGACGCUCAAUGGCCAGCUGGAUAUUACGUUGACAGCGACGGCAGGAGAGUAUUGUUCGCUGGAGAUAUUGCAACCAGAGCACCAUUAUUGGCUGUUGCGGCAGUCACCCUGACUUCUGCCAUCGCAGAUUGCGCACUGGCAGUAGCGUGCUGUAUUGUUGCUGCGCAGGAAGCCUGCCAGUGUUAUGUUUGUACCGACGAUGAUGAUCCCACAGAUCAUGAUACGAGAGUUCGACAUGACCGGCUUGUGACAUGGUUGGGGCAGCAGGCGUUGAUAGACUUUAUGAGAGCUAGCGGGAAAAUUCCCGAAAUGAAUCCUCCGAGUUUGAUGAACAAUAACCCUGUUGUGAAUAGUCAUGGCAGUCAUAGAUAGUCAGGAUAAAAUUUACUGAUCGAAUACCAUAGAAACAUAUGACUUGUGAGAUAAAAUACUGUUAUUUUAAUGUCAGCUAAAUGGAAAUAGUUUGAAAAAUGGAAAUUCUUAUAUUUUGUAGGGGGCUGGACUCUCUUCUUAUAAACCCAUUAUUGUAAUGUUUUCUUUUCUUUUUUUUUGCCUGAUUCUGAACUUUGUGCAUAAGUAAAUAAUUAUAAAGCUUAUGUAUAUUUUUGUGUACAUUUUUGUUUUGUUGUUGCAGUAUCUAUUCAUUGUCCUUUAGAGAUAUCUAUCAUC